UAUACAGUGUGUGUGAGCUACUAAAGUGUGUGUGUAUCUUCCAGGUGUCACCAUGAGUGUGAUCCUGGAUUUGUCGUACGCUGUGUGCAUCUGGAUCUCUGCAGCCGUGGCCAUCACCUACACCCUGAUGGGGGGAUUAUACUCUGUGGCGUACACCGACGUUAUUCAACUCACUCUCAUUUUUGUCACCUCGUGGCUGUGCGUCCCCUUCAUCCUCACCAGUCCCUCCUCUGUUCCCAUCACCUCCACCUCCUUCAACCACACCUUCCAGGCCCCAUGGGUCGGCACGCUGACCGCAGACAAAGCCUGGAGGUGGAUCGAUAUCUUUCUACUUUUGAGCAUCGGAGACCUCGGUUUCCAGGACUUCCACCAGAGGACGUUAUCGGCCUCUUCCUCCACCACGGCUAAGCUACGAUGCUACGCUGCGGCUUUUCUCAUUCCCACGUUUGGAAUUCCUCCAGUGAUCAUCGGGGCAGUGGCUGCAUCUACAG